UUGGCUCCGUAUCAGUGUCUAGUUUGGCAACACGGAUACGCAUGGAGCCUCCAUCACCCCCUGUCUCUUUUACGCACCGAGUCCGAUAAUGCGCGCAGGUACAGGGACCCUAAUCGCCACAUUUCCACUACUACACUGAACAAUUAAUCUCCAUCUUAUGGACUAAUAUGAAAAAAGUGGAUGCAGAGGUCUGAGACAGCCAAAAAAGGAGGCAUAUUUCUUGUGGAUCAUUCUUGUUUUUCAUCCCCGAGCGUCAGCAUGGAUGUCUUAGCGAACCACAGUAUCUUUCAGGAACUUCAGCUCGUUCACGACACCGGCUACUUCUCUGCCAUGCCGUCGCUGGAGGAAAACUGGCAGCAGACCUGCCUGGAAUUGGAGCGCUAUCUGCAGACGGAGCCCAAGCGUCUGUCGGAGCUCUUCGACCAAGACCUGGAUGGCCUUCUGACCCCAGCCUACCUAAAGGAGGACGGCGAGGAAGAGCUGACAGACGUCCUGCUCCCCAGCCUGCCCAGCCUCCCUGAUCCCCCAAGCCCACAUUCAGUUAUCCUCUCCCCGACACGGAAGAGUUUCCCCUCCACCGGUGGAAUGAAAAGAGACAUCAAACCUAAGGGGCUGGAAAACCUAGAAGGGAUGGAAGGGGUGCACCAGGCCCAGCUGAGCGCCGUCACCUCCCUGACGCCCCCGUCGUCGCCAGAACUGGGCCGGCACCUCGUCAAACCCAACCAGACACUGACGGCCUCAGCUGAUGGGACACUUACCCUGAAACUGGUGGCCAGGAAGGUGGGGCUCAGUGCGGCUCGGCUGGUGGCGGCGCACGCACUCCCUGUCCGGAUGAAGGACGAAGAAGAGGGCGCGGCAUGUGUUAUCAGCGUGGGGGAGCUACCGGAGAACAAGAAGAGGAUCCACCGUUGUCAAUUCAACGGCUGCAGGAAGGUGUACACCAAGAGCUCCCACCUAAAGGCCCAUCAGAGGACACAUACAGGUGAGAAGCCGUACAAGUGCUCGUGGGAGGGCUGCGAGUGGCGAUUCGCCCGGAGCGACGAGCUGACGAGGCACUACCGCAAACACACCGGUGCCAAGCCUUUUAAGUGCAACCACUGUGACAGGUGUUUCUCGCGGUCGGAUCACUUGGCGCUACACAUGAAGAGGCACAUCUGAGGAUUUUGAGAGAGGUCAGCGGGAGUGGAAGAGAGGCGAAGGGGAUGGAGGCGGAGUGGAAGAAGGAGAUUGAGCAUCAUCUGCAGAAAAAUAACACCAAGGUUGUUAGAGACAGCUAGCGUGGAUGGACUCCGAAAACACCAGAUUUGGCCAGUCUCUACUGGAGGGUGGGGCAUCGCACAGGGACGCUGACAACAGACAGAAACACAGACAGGCAGACAGACAGACGGAUCCUCAGUGGCUCUGUCAAUCUGCGCUCAACCAGUUGGUCCAUGAUUCCACAGUGACACGUCGUCAACUCACAAAUGUCUCCCAAUGUUGUCGCGUGGACGUCACAGAUGCUCCAUCCCACCCUUCGUAUGUGUCCCAGAGGGGAUGUCACGCAAUGAAUGGUGGACCACGUGCCUGUAGUUGGCAGCUCUUUGUUGUAGUCAUCCUUGCGGUCUUUGCAAUCGUCCCUCGGUGAAACGCUUCCAAAAUGUCAGCCCUGUUCACGCAGCAGUGCGCCACGUACCAGCGAGCUCACCAACACCAAACUGGACCAGUUGUACAGUAAUUUCAGUGCGCUGACAGCAGAACCGCUGUUUGUAUAUUUGAGAUUUCCUCUUCUUAGAAUGAACCUUGAGCUGAGGAGGACAGUUCAUUUCCAGCAGUAGCCAAACAGCAUCCUCUCACAGGGUAAGCAAGCAAAAAAGCUUGCUUUCUCUCCUUCAAACCUGCCACAGCCUUUACAAAUCGCCAAAGGGUUUAUUAUCUUAAACAGUAUACAGGACAGAUAAUAAUUUGUCAGUUUUUCAUCUGACCUCUGUCACAUCUGCCAACUGGAUCCAUUUAUAAAUCCUUCCGGUUCGAUGGAGUCGGAGCACUUGUUUGAACGGAGUGUUAGAUUGGAUUUCUCAAAGACUUGAGGAUGGGAGUGUGUUGCACUGAUGUGCUGUAAAGACUGAUUGAGGUCAUCGAGAGGACUGGCUUGCUUUAUGAACAUCAUUCAUUGAGGGUUACUUCUGGAUGAGGCUAACUAAUCUACUCUGGGAAAGACUGUUCAUCUCCUACAAUGUCAACUAAAAGCGAGCGUCUGGAGAGAUGCUCGAUGGCUCCUAAGAGGGUUUUUUCUAUCCUGACCAGGAUCUUGGCUCCUAUGAGUCGUUGUCAGGAACUGUCGCACAAUUGACUCUUUGCAAACAUUUUGUAAAAA